CCCGGUGCCGGCGGAGGGAAACGCCGCACGUGGCUGGAAUGAACAGGGGGCCAGCGCCAUGGCUGAGAAGAUGUUGCCGAGCCCCGGCGGGGGCAUCACGCCGCUGCAGCAGAUGCUGGCCUCGGGGACGGGGGCCAUCCUCACCUCCCUCUUCGUGACACCGCUGGACGUGGUGAAGAUCCGGCUGCAGGCCCAGAGGACCCCCUUCUCCAAAGCGUUGCCAGUGCAGUCUGUGCCCUGGGGCACUCAGCAGGCCACAUGGAAGUGCUUCCUCUACUGCAACGGGCUCAUGGACCAUCUGUACGUCUGCCAGAACGGCAACGGCUGCACCGCCUGGUACAAGGCCCCGACCCACUUCACCGGCACGCUGGAUGCCUUCGUGAAGAUCACACGCUACGAGGGCGUCAGGUCUCUGUGGAGCGGCUUGCCCCCCACCCUGGUCAUGGCUGUGCCAGCCACCGUCAUUUAUUUCACCACCUACGACCAGCUCCGGGACUACCUGCACGCUCGGACGGGAAGCCGGGGGCACCACAUCCCCUUGCUGGCCGGGGCCCUCGCCAGGCUGGGUGCUGUGACGGUCAUCAGCCCCUUGGAGCUCAUCCGCACCAAGAUGCAGUCCCGGCAGCUCAGCUACCGGGAGCUGGGUGUCUGCAUCCAGUCGGCGGUGGCUCAGGACGGCUGGCUGUCCCUGUGGAGGGGCUGGGGACCCACCGUGCUGCGAGAUGUCCCCUUCUCGGCUCUCUACUGGUUUAACUAUGAGCUGGUGAGGGAAUGGCUCUGCGGGCAGGCCCGGCUGGAUGAGGCCACGUUCAUGAUCAGCUUUGCAUCCGGGGCCAUCUCCGGGACGGUGGCUGCAGUGCUGACGCUGCCCUUCGACGUGGUGAAGACCCAGCGGCAGAUUGAGCUGGGAAACAGCGAGGUGCACCCAGUCGCAGCCUCCAAGUCUUCCUCCACCUGGCUGCUCAUGCGGCGCAUCCGUGCCGAGUCUGGCACCCGGGGGCUGUUUGCAGGCUUCCUGCCCCGUGUCAUUAAGGUGGCACCCGCCUGCGCCAUCAUGAUCAGCACCUACGAAUUUGGCAAGACCUUCUUCCAGAAGCUGAACCAGGAGCGGCGGCUGCGUGGGUUGUGAGCCGGGGCUGGGGCAGGGCUGGAUGUGGCCGGUGCCUCGGGGGACAGUGCCAACCCUGCUCCCGGCGAGGUGCCCCCGGGAGCAGCGAACCGCACUCGGCUGUGCAAAGCCCAAGUGCCUUCGUGCUGCACUCUGCCUCCCUGCUGCCCACGCACGGAGGCAGGGCCAGCCCGGCCCCGCUCUCCAUCCCCAGCCGCACUGGGGGACGUCUGUGCCUGCUGAUGUGGAGUCCCCCCCCCUCGAGGUUGGACAGAUGCUGCUGCUGGAUUCACAGACGCUCUGGCGAAAAUGGGGUGCCCUGGGAGACUCGGCAGAGCAGGAGAUGGGAGCUCUGUUGAGGACCAAACCCUUGGGGGGGCUUCUCUGCGUGCCUGCCUGGGCCCCCCCAGCCCUGCUCCAGCCAGGGUCUGCCCCUCUUCGCCAUCAGUCACGCACAGCGUCCCCUUGCUGGCUCUGCAUGGCAUGGGGACACAUCAGGACCCUCUCCCUGCCUCCGGACCUCUCCUCCCACUCAGGGUGUCCCUGUCCCCUGCCAGAUCCUGGGCUUGGACCCUGUGUGGGGACAGACCUCGCUGCUGCUCCGGGGGGGGGGAGCUGGCAGGCAUUCUGGCAAACCUCUGCCUGUGCCCUGUCCCUUCACUGCGAGGGCCUGCCCCAGCAUUGUGCCCGCUGUGGGUGCUGCCCCAGCUUGCCCCGGGACUCCAGGGGGGAAUUUCUCUUAUUUUCUUAAAUAAAAUAUUAUUUGUCUCUUA